GCCUAAGCCACACACCGCCCCACCCCCCGCCCAAUCGGCUGCGCAGCCCGCCUUCCCCGUCGCCCCGUCAACCGCAGUAAAUAAAAAAGCCAGUGGCUGGGCCAACGAGCUCGUCACCAGCAGGCAGCCUGUGCCCUGUGUUAGUUAUACGAGAGGCUGGCGAUACCUCCCUUUUCCUUCUUCCUCUUUUCUACCCAGCCAUUCGAAUUUAACGACAAGUUUAAACCUUGGAAAGAAAUUUCUAGGCAAGUUUGUUCCUCCUCAUACACACUUCACCUAAACAUCUACAUUCCAUUGCACGACUCGUCCCCCCCAAAGUCUCACGUACCCCGUCUUAGGUAUUCCGAUCUAGCAUUCCAGCGUUCGCUCGAGACACCACGUUUUUUUAGUUUGUCGGGAAUAGGACAACUCGACUCGACGUCAGCGCAUCGCCGACGACUACUUGGCUUCCCUUCGAGCAAGCCGCUCCCUCUACGGGGGACAGCGCCCCGUGUUUGAUUUCCUUUCCGCCGACGAUUCACAAUGCCUCGCUUCCAAUUAGGAUGGGGCCCGUACAUCCCGUUCCUGGGAUACCACCAUGUCCUGAUGAUCUUGGUGGGCGUGGCCAUUAUUCUGCUCUCUCUACUCCUCGCGGGAUGCUCGUCGUCAUCACCUCUUAUCCCAGACAUCUUCCUCAUCUCGCUCUAUUACAAACACUACGAGGCCGUGCCGGACACAGCGCAGGUCGACUACAACGUGCACACUGCCAUUGAGAACAUUGUCCACGGAGCCUCGCUACAGGCUCGUGUUGGUUACUUUGGUAUCUGUGUCAACCCGGACGGCGGCUCGUGGCUUUGCAGCAACAAUGCAACGGCCCUGGCCAAGGAGGUGUCUGUCGACCAGGAUCCGCUCAACUUGAUCUGGCUGGCAUCCCAGUUUAAAGACAUGAUUGUGUUCCCUUAUCUUAUCAUCAUUGCCGUUCUCUUCGCCUUCUUCUGCGUCCUUUUGCUCGCCACUUUCCCUUCGUGGUAUGAGGAGGAAGACUCCGAGGGCUCCGAACGAGUCGUACACGCCAUCCCGUCACGCGCCGUCUCGCAAGUUGCGCUCGCCAUCAUUUUUGUCUCGUCCAUCUUUAUUCUAGUCUCGGUGCUGUGGCAACACACGGCAUCAGUUGCGGCGGCAGUCAUUGCUCAAGACUUUGGCAAUGGCUCCGUCAAGAGUGGUGUCGGAACAAGUGCCAUGGUCAUGGGCUGGUUCUCGUUUGCACUGUUGAUUAUAGUAACAAUCGGUCUCAUUGUCACCAUCUUAACAAUUAGCGUCGUCAACGAUCUGGUCUAAAAAGCUCAACAACUUUUAGACUUGGUUGUGGUCAUCGCUGUUUUGUUAUUUGCUUGUCUUUUCAAAGCGUUGGUAUUUUUGAGAUUGAGCUUUUUACCAUUUUCACGCACACAUAUUCACGUCAGGUACAUGCGAACAUGUUUAUAUGCAGAGACCAGAUCCGACACACCCCCCGAUAGAAAAACACGACGAACGAGCGCAUCAUUACGGAGUUAUCGCGAGGCGUUUGCCUGGAAUUCAUGGGCUUGUAAAGAUUGCACAUUGGCCACUUUUUACAAGUCUAUGAUGGCGAGGCAAUGAUUUUAUUUGACAUUUUUUUUUGAAAUUGAACGCACAUGACUAUUUACGGCUUAAUAUUGAUUGGACAAGAUAUCCACCCGCUGUUGUCUGGUCGAUGCAGCAGUAUUGAUGCUGUUUGGCAAAGGCUAGUUUUGUUGUAUAAUUAUUUGCAAGGAUAAGGGAAUUUAUUGAAUAGACUGUGAAUUGGACUUUUGUUUUGGGGAACACAAUAUUUUUCUCUUUCAAAUUCGGCGGUAACGCAUCAGUGAUGUAUGUCUGUAGAAACAAGAGCCGCAGAGUGUGUACAAGUUGUAUUGGUUAAAUAUAUAUAAACAACAAUCUUUUAUUAAUAACAGUAGCGUAUGUGCUUUUUAUGCAUCGAUUCUGCGGAACGGAUGUGCUUCCGUGUUGAGAACCCAUUCGUCCAGGCUAAUGAGGUUCGUCUCCGCAAAUAACAGAUAAUAGUACUUGAGAGUCUCGGCAAUCCAAAAGCUUUCCAUCUCAUCCUUCAUCUUUGGCUCAUCCGACAAGACAUUAUCAAUGGCGCUGUGAGCCAAUGGUGUCUUGACAGCCGCAAUGGUAGCCUCCCACAUUUUCCAGCCCUUUUCCAUCCACAUGGGAUCGCCGGUGAUACGAUACAUGUACCAAACGGAUUCGAUAGCCUCUGGUCUGAGAAUGUAUUGUUUUGAGCCGACUCGGGUGUAUCCAGGCGGCAGUUUCUGGGUCUUGAGCUUUUCCUCCACAAAUUCCUCAUGGGACUGUGGACGCUCAGGAAUAAUGUCCUCCUCUUCCUCUGAGCUCGCUGGCUUUUCAACAGUAACAGGGUCGUGUUGCUUGGUCUUCGAGGGAGUGACAGAUUCAUCCUUUGAUUUCGUCGUGGCUCCAUCCUCUUUGCUGGUUGCUGCUUGGCUCUUCUUGGGCUUGUCCAGCUCUGUUGGGUCGGGGAUGGCCGCACGUUUGCUCUUGGAGUUCUUCUUGGAGUCUUUGCUUGAGGCCACCUUGGACGACUUGCCAUAUUUCGCUUCCCAUUCUUCAACUUCUGAGUCGCGAUACUCUUUGGAGCUAUCGAGCUCGAGGUACCAGGCGGUUUGGUUGAACUCGCACUUCUCCAUCGUCGGACAAGACAUCAACUCGGCGCCUUCAGGCAUGAUGCCUGUCGCAGUUGAUUGGUAGGCCCAGACGCAGCCAUCUGUCAACUGCCUAGCGGUCUCAAGAUCCUGAUCACGGCCAAAGAUCUUUGCCCCCAAGCCGUACAUGCCACCGAUGAAACACGUCAAAUGGGCAAGCUCGUAUGUGGGCACCAUAUCCUUCUUGGGUUCUCCAGCAGUAGAGAUUUUGGCUGGGAAUAGGAUAUCCCACUUCUCAUCCUUGAUCAUGGGACGGAACAUCAACCAACUGUUGACGGCCUCCACAGUAUCCACAUACAGCUUCUUGUAUUUUGGUUCAAGGCCACCAAGUAGAAUGUACUCCUUGGUAAAGUAUUCGUAUGCCGAGUCUUGUCCACCACCCAUGUGAAACUUUUGAGUGUAAACGCUACCAGGAGCAAAACCCUGAGGAAUACACUCCUCGUCCUCAGUCACCCUAGUAGCCGGAGGGACAGCCUCUCUAUGCACGGGCAUAUGUGGUUCUGGAACCUGUUCGGCUGCCUCAACUGGCUUCUUUUUAGCAGGAGCAGGAGCAGGAUCUGCUGUCUUAAUGGCAGGAUAUUCCUCGGGGAUGGCGGCGCGCUUUUCAAUUCUGUCAUCAGCCGAGUGUGGUCGUUGCUUGCUACGGUCGACAGCAGCAUCGCCAUUGUCUCUCGGGAGUUCGACAAAGUCGGAAGAGUCAUCUGCUUUACGCGCGGCUGGCUUCGUCUUUUUGGCUUCAGACUCUUCACUCCUCUUAAGAUAGAGAGCUGUCUGGUUGCAGCCGCUCAUGUCAAUACUUUCAGGGAACAAUCCGGGGAUGGCGGUGCCAGACUCUUGGAACUGAAUUAGGUUAUCAGUAAUUCGAUCAAUCGCGUCGUAGUACUUGUUUGCUCCGGUGAGCUGAGCUAGGCGUGUAAACUCCAUGGAGAGCGUUCCCAGCUCUGCCACUCCGCCAGUCGUAGCCGAAUGAGGCAGAGAGACUGAAUCAGGCUGCCAGUUGUAGUAAAGGAUGGGCAUUCUGUUUGGAGUAUCGAAAACGCCAAAUAGGAUUUCCGCUAGCUCAACAGCCUUGUCCAGCAGAACCUUGUAUUUGUGUUCACUGAUAUCGUAGGCGGCAAGUAGACCACCCAGGUAUCGAAUGACAGUCUCAAACACACGGAGCUGGUGGGUUGGCGUAGUAGUGAAGUCAAUGGUCGCGAUGUACUUUACAGCAUCCUCGAAUUCAGGGCGCAUGCCUGCGAUCCAAAGGGUAUCAAGAGAAUCCACCAUGGUGGCUGCCCAGCUGGCAAAUGGGUCUCUGGUUUUGCCGUUGACGGGUCGGAGUUCGUCAUGGCCCCAAGCAUACUCGUGGUAGGCAGUCCAUGCGUGCUUGAUUUCGGCCUUGAUCUGGUUGAGGCGCUGCAAGCGUCUCUGCUUAGCGCCCUCGGUCUCCGAACCAAAGUCGUGCUGAAUCCUGGGCAGCUUUGCGGGCUUGCCCGUAGGGAGAUGUCUAAUGGACUCUGUCGGGAGCGGGUAGUGCUCAGGGAGCUUCUUCCAGUGAAUCUUACCAUCAUCGGGCUUAGCACUGGUUGAGUCUUUAGAAUUCGCAGCGUCCUUUCCUGCGCUGUUAGGCUUAGCUUUAACUUCGUCAUCGAGGGGGAUCUGAGCCUUGUCAGCUUUGGCGGGCUGGUUGCCUUUGGACGUGUCCUUGGCAUCGACCGUGUUCUCCUUUUUCGGUGGCUUGUCUGUCUUUUCGGAUGUGACUUCUUUUUCGACAGGCUUUGGCUUUGGCGGCGGGCUGAUUGGCUUUUGGACAUCAGCUGGUCGCUUGUUCUCCAAUGGCCUGCUGUCUACCAAGACCUUCUCUUUAGAGCUAGCCUCCUUCUUUGGGGGCAAGGAGACCGGGUGCUCUGCCCUCUGUUCGACGGUAUUCUGGGCAACAUGGUAUAGCAUAAACACGAUAACUAGAGCCACGACAGCCAGGAGUCUGUAUCUUCGUCUCGGCAUUGUAGCGAAAAUGGUUUGGCGAGAUCGGAUUAUCGGUGGUGGUGUAGAGGGGGGACGGGAAGCAGCAGCAGCUAGUGUCGAGUAUUACGAGAUGUCAUGCGUAACCAAAAUAUAUGCGCUUCUUGGACUUGUUGAUAAUUCUUCACGGAACCGGGAGAGGCUGUCGAUGUCGUCAAAGGGGGAAAUCCGUUCGGCUGGAGGAUGCACACGCACAGAUGUUCGAAGAAAAGGGAACAGCGACAAAGGGUACAAUGGAAAUAAGGCGAAUGAAAAGAAAACCAGAGAAUGAUGAUGAUGGAAGCGAAACGAAAAUACAAAAAUGAUGAUGCCCUCGUUUCAAACGAAUAAACAAGAAAGAAAGAAAAUCUGUUGAAGAAGAGGGAGGGUUAUGUCUUUUUGGGAUGGAGAAAAGGAAUGACUGGACGAGAGGGGGUGGACAGCAAGAGAGGCGAUCGGCCAGUGUGUGUUGAAC